AUCAGUGUGUGAGUGUGUUUACCAAAGUGUGUGUGUGUGUGUGUGCAGCGUGCGAUAUAGCUGUGUGUGUGCGAGGGUGUCAGGCUCACAUGGGGUGUAAUUAAAAUCAGGAAGAAACUAAAGAAGAAGAAGAAGAAGACAGCAAGAAUAGAGGAGAGGAGUGGAGGAAAGUGUGAAGGAAGGAGGGAAGAAAAGAAGGAGAAGAAAAGAAGGAGGAAGAGGAGAAGAAGAAAGAUAGAAGAAGAGGAGUAAAGCUCUGAUACUGAUACUAUUGCUGCUGACAGCUCCACUCCUGCAUGGAGACGUGAGGAGGAAUGCAGGGGAGGAUUAUCUCUCCCUCAGGACCCAGCACUAAUCUCUACACACAAACACACACGCACACACACACAGACACACACACACACACACACCUUGUGUCUUGUAAAAGACCUUUGGCAUGUGGAUUAUUGACUUUGUAGCUUCAGCAGGGCAGCCAUGUUUGAAGUUCUGCAGCACUGGAGGAGUGAUAUAACUGAACAUUUUGAAUGCUGAACAUGAUUUCUCAGGUAGAGUUUUUUUUUUUUUUGGUGUUUUUGGGGAAGUUUGAAACGCCGUUGUUGCUCCACCUGCUGCACGAAAGUCGAAUGCAACAGUUCAAUGAUUAAACUGUGGGUGCAGCACUUUCAUUUAACAGAAAAGUGAAUAACGUGACCAUGUUUUGUACAUUUAUAUGAGAAGACUUUUCUACAAUCUGGUUUAAAUCGGAGUGCAUAAAUCAGGUGUUUUAGCUGUGGACCCUCAUGUGGGCUUUAACUUGUAGUUCUUUUCUUAAAGGUUCAUUAUGGUACUCAAACUGUCCUACUUUAGAAGUUAAAAAAAGUAUUUAGACUACAGCACGGCCAUUUUUAAGUGAAUCUCAGUUGUCAAAUCUCCCGUGCAGACCUGUUUUUGUCUCGCUUUAUAGACGUUCUUAAAUUAGCCGUUUUUGUUAUGGACCCUGGUGUGAGCCUUGGCCAUCAACCGGCCUUCAUUAUGAUUCUUUAAGUGCUAUUUUGAGUAUUUGAUGAGUAGCAGUUCUAGUUGUGGAUACUGGAUUUUGUUAGUCUUUUGUGUUUAUAGGGCGUAUUUCAUUCCAUAACAACUUUAUAAAUCGACUAACGUGGUGUUGCUUGAGUCCCAAAGUCUAGUCCAGGAUCUGACCAGAGGACUUGAAGGAGCGAUUUGGAGGCUUAUUUUGAUUCAUGAGAAUAUCUCAAAUUCUGCAAGAGCGACAAAAACGUCCCUGUCGAUAUAAAUCAGGUCAUGAAACGGGAAGAAUGGAGGGAAUUCUUGCGAUGGAUCCAGACCAGGUGCUAGACCCCGAUGUGACGCGACGUGGAGCUGGACUCGCAGACACCCUCGAAGAGCAAACGGAAAGAGAAGAAGAACGUUCGCUACAAGGAGGUGAUGGAGAUUUCAGCUCCGCCUCCUCCUCCUCUAACUCCUCCCUGCCUUCCUCCUCUUCCUCCUCCAUCGUCCCGCUGGUGUUAUCGCCUCCUCCGAUCCGCGUGGAGGAAGAGAAGGAGGCGCUGACCGGCUGCUCCAAGUCUUUCACCGCACUCAAGAUCUUCACCAAGAGGAAAGCUAUCGCCAAGUCCGGCCUUCACCAUCUGCCCUGUCAGCCGAGCACAUCGUCUCUGAACAGAACCGACCCCGAGGCAAUUAUCCGCAGCACUCUGGACUGGACUGACUCGGCUCUGUACGGAGAUCAUAUCUGGUUCGAGACGAAUGUUUCUGGAGAUUAUUGUUAUGUAGGAGAACACUGCAUCGCCCGAGCACAGCAAAAGUCGGUCAUCCGAAAGAAGUGUGCAGCCUGUAAGAUCGUCGCCCACACCAUCUGUAUCGAACAACUAGACAAGUUUACCAGCUCUAGUGCCAUUCUGCUGGACGCCGCGCUGCCCCUCAAUGAUCCCGACUUUAGAAUCAACUUCAGGUGCAAACCGUCUUUCAGGGAAUCAGGCUCCAGGAACAUUCGAGAGCCCAUCGUUGUGCGUCAUCACUGGGUUCACCGGAGGCGUCAGGAAGGGAAAUGCAAACAAUGUGGAAAGGGCUUCCAGCAGAAGUUUGCUUUCCACAGUAAAGAGAUCGUGGCCAUCAGCUGCUCGUGGUGCAAACAGGCCUACCACAACAAGGUGUCCUGCUUCAUGCUGCAGCAGAUUGAGGAGGCGUGUCCAAUAGGAGCUCACGCUGCUCUCAUAGUCCCGCCCACCUGGAUUAUACGAGUAAAGCGGCAUCAGUCGUCCAUGAAGUCGAGUAAGAAGAAGAAGAGGACGUCGUUCAAGAGGAAAAGCAGCAAGAAAGGAGCAGAGGAAGGACGACUGUGGAAGCCGUUCAUAAUCCGGCCGAUCCCUUCACCUCUGAUGAAACCGCUGGUCGUGUUUGUUAACCCUAAAAGUGGAGGAAACCAGGGCACUAAGAUCCUGCAGUCCUUCAUGUGGUAUCUGAACCCCCGACAGGUGUUUGACCUGAGCCAAGGAGGACCGACUGAGGGGUUAGAGCUGUAUCGUAAAGUCCACAACCUGAGGAUCCUCGCCUGUGGAGGAGACGGCACUGUCGGCUGGAUCCUGUCUAGUCUCGAUGAACUCGGAUUAAACCCUCAACCUCCCGUCUCUGUGUUACCGCUGGGUACGGGAAAUGACCUCGCCAGGACCCUGAACUGGGGAGGGGGCUACACGGACGAACCCCUGUCUAAGAUCCUCUCACAUGUCGAGGAUGGGACCGUCGUGCAGCUAGACAGAUGGAAUCUACAGGUUGAACCGAACCAAAAUACAGGGGCUGAACCGGACGAACAACAAACUGAUAAGCUUCCUCUCGAUGUUUUUAAUAAUUACUUCAGUCUUGGAUUUGACGCCCAUGUGACUCUGGAGUUCCACGAAUCAAGAGAGGCGAACCCGGAGAAGUUUAACAGCCGCUUUAGGAAUAAGAUGUUCUACGCUGGGACGGCGUUCUCAGAUUUCCUGAUGGGAAGCUCCAAAGACCUGUCGAAGCACAUCAAAGUGGUGUGUGACGGCACAGAUUUAACCUCGAAGGUUCAGGACUUGAAGCUGCAGUGUUUGGUCUUCCUCAACAUCCCCAGGUAUUGUGCCGGCACCACACCGUGGGGAAACCCUGGAGAUCACCACGACUUUGAGCCGCAGCGGCACGAUGACGGGUACAUCGAGGUCAUCGGAUUCACAAUGACGUCACUGGCCACUCUCCAGGUUGGCGGUCACGGCGAGAGGUUGAACCAGUGCAGAGAAGUCACCCUCACCACCACUAAACCUCUCCCAGUGCAGGUGGAUGGAGAACCGUGCAGACUCGCUCCGUCCGUCAUCCACAUCAGCCUGAGAAACCAGGCCAACAUGGUGCAGAAAACCAAACGACGGACCUCCCUGCCUCACAUGAACGAUCAGCAGCCGGUCCCCGAGCGGCUGAGGAUCCGGGUCAGCAGGAUCAGCAUGACGGACUACGAGGCUCUGCACUACGACAAGGACAAACUACGGCAAGCAUCCAUUCCUCUGGGCCUGAUCGUGGUUCCUGGUGACAGCGACUUAGAGACCUGCAGAGAGCACAUCCAGCGCCUGCAAGAGGACUUCUGCUCUGUCCAGCCUCCCUUCAGAUGCUUUGGACCGCAGGAGGAAGCAGCCAAACCAAAGAUUGUAUCCUCGCAGAGAUUAUCUCCAAAGUGGUGUUUCCUCGACUCCACGACAGCUGAUCGCUUCUACAGGAUCGACCGAGCACAGGAACAUCUGAACUACGUCUCAGAAAUCUCCCAGGAGGAGAUCUUCAUCCUGGACCCUGAGCUGGUAGUUAUGAUGACAGUAGGCACCUCCGCCAUGCCGGACCUGGUGAACCCCGCCUCCAGCCUGGAAAUCAGCAGUCGAAGGAGGACUCUGACAUGGCCUUCAGCUGGUCCCUUUUGGUCCUGCUACCAAAGAGGACCAGACCAGGUGUUUCCUGCUUGGAGGCCACCGUGGAAACACAACAGUUCCUCCCAGAGGCAGCGAGUGAACAGUGACAGCUCUGCAGCCGACGCUUUAUCCCACUACGCCGCGCCUCUGCCCAGCAAACUGACCAGGGCGGGAUGUAUCCAUCGUUCAAACACCACGGCUGCUGAUUUUAAACCCAAACUGAGAACGGAGAAGAGCCAGAAAAUGAGCGAUCCGGAGAGAGAAAAAGAGCUGCUGGUUGAGUGUGUGAAGAACAAAGACUUAAAGAAGCUGCAGGAGCUGCACCUGAAGGGAGCCGACCUCACCUCACUCGACUCGUCCGGCUGCAGUUUACUUCAUCACGCUGCCAGUGCAGGAAGCAAAGAGAUGGUCCGCUACAUCCUCGACAACGCUCCAAGUGAUCUGCUGGACGUUACAGAAAAACUGCAGGGGGAGACGGUCCUUCACCGAGCUGCGUCCCUGUGUCAAAGAACUAUCUGUCAUUAUCUGGUUGAAGCAGGAGCCUCGCUCAUGAAGACAGACCUACAGGGCGACACUCCGAAAAACCGAGCCGAGAAGUCUCAGGACGCCGAGCUGGCGGCGUAUCUGGAGAACCGACAGCACUACCAGAUGAUCCAGAGGGAGGACCAGGAGACGGCCGUCUGACACUGAAGUCUGAACUUUUUUUUUUUACGAGCGUCAUCAGACUGACCGAGUGACAGACGGCGGCUCGUUCGGGGCUUCAGGGUGUGACGGGGGGACUCGUCUGAUCCCUCACCAGAGAAGCUGUGCCAAAACCUGCAGUGGCGGUUCUAGACCACUUUCACUGAGGGGGCCAAACUGGGGCCAGUUGUUUUGUCAGAGGGAACAUUAAACCAAAUUAGACAAAGAUGAUCGCUUUAAAAAAUAUAUUAUGCCAAAUAAUAGCGCACAUCAUUAAAUACCAUGAUAUUUGUUUCAGUAACAGAAUUUAAUACUAGAUUGUGAGUCCAGUUGUUGAGUACUCGGGGGGUUCUUCCUUUUGGAGGGGUGGCCACAGGGGGG